AUGGCCUAAUGUGACAUGGAGGCUGUCGAUGUAUUGAAAGGGGCAGUGUCAACAAUUGAUACAGCGGUCACAGUUUUGGGUUAUGAGAAGAAAGUAGGGGGCAAUAGUACAGGUGAAGUGAAGCAGGAGAUCACAUCCAUACCGAAGGAAGUGUUCAUCCCCCUUCAGAAAUCAAUGGUUUUCCUAAGAAUCGGCGGACUGUCUGGUGCCAUGGCAGUAUCAAUGGUUGUUUAUGGAACUCAUGCUUUUAAAAAUCAAGAUAAAAACUGGAAGCAAUUACAAAAGAUUUACGAGAAUGGGUACAAAAUGCAUUUGGUGCAUUCUUUAGCACUUGCGUGCGCAGACAUUUGUAAUAAACCCUUGACUGGCAGUUUGUUUACCCUGGGAAUCCUUCUGUAUUCCGGAAGCUGUUAUGCCCAUGGCUUAAGUGGUAACGCAAAGUUUCGAAUCAUCACCUAUUUUGGAGAAGUUGUUCUUAUAUCUGCUUGGUUCAGCAUGUUGAUCAAUUGAAAAAAACAAGUUGCUGUCCUUUAAAAAAGGACUGCAAUACGUGGACCAUAUGCAUGUGUUUCUAAACGAAA